CUGGAACGUCCGUGGGAUGUCUCUGCGAGCAGGACAAGAAAAUGGUGAUGCCGCAUAGUCAAGGCCAUGUCGCCAGCUGUAGCAAGCCACUCGGCAGCCGUAAUUUCCGGUCGCCCCCUUGGAUGGACGGACAGGGUAAGCUCAAUGACAGCAAAAUAGAAACCACCAGGAUUUCCACUCCGAAACCAAAAUGAGGCUCACUGAGCCAGGAUUCUGGACACUUGUCUUCCUUGUCACUUUUGUAGCAGGACAAAAGUUCGGAGCACCGAGGCGCCUGUUGGAUCUCUCGCUUGUUCUCGCUCUCUCCUGAUAUAUUGGACACUUUUCAAGCUGCAUUGGAUUGCAUGCCUUGCUGCCGCUAGCCUCCCGGACCGCGUCCCUUCGCCUCCUCAACGUCGCAGCAAAAGCUCAGAUAUCCCGGAACAUGCACGGUUAGACUGCAUAUGCGACCCGUUACCGCUAGUGGAGGUGUGCAUCUGAAGCGCUCUCUGGCCAACGCUGUGCUCAUUGGCAAACAGAUGCUGUGAACCGCCUUGUCGGACAGUAUCCGCCUCCCCGUGUUCUGAUACGCGAACGAAAACUACAAGCUCCCACGGACCUAUAUCGAGGUCUGACAGAACCCCUCUUUGUCUCUAGAGACUCCACGAAGGGCCACAUGCGGAAAAUGAUGCGCCAAUGAGAUGAACUUUUCUGUUGUAGGAGCUUUACAUGGGGGAAUCAGAAGAAUGCGGCGAAGAAGGCAGCGACAAUGGGAUGCACCACGACCAGGAAAACGCGGCUAGUGGGUCAAAAGCCUCUAGAAGAGUUCCUAUAACAGACAGGCGCAGUCCUGCAGCCACAACAUAUCAAUCCACCACGGCCUCUUCGUCGUCGAAGCCAACGACCAUGAAAUCGACGAUGCAUCUCGGGUUAGACAUUCCUCCAAAAGGGGAUAGUCACCCCGAGGACGGUCGCGAUUUUUCUCAUGGGACGGGUUCCCUCUCGGACAAGUCUUCAUUUCAAGAUGUCUUCGAGACCGUUCAGGCAGACGGGCAGGUCCCGCUCAGUGAGCCACCUUUACUACAGCCUGAAGACAAGAAGGGCGAAAGGGACGGUGUCCGUGAGCGGAUCAGAAUACCCGCGUGUACGACCGAAGACGAUGUCGAUGCUCUUCUUCAUGCCACGCUGAUGCCGCCCGUGACGAAAGAGUCCUUGGAGGAAUUGGAUCUGAUGUGGAUUCAAUCAAACAUCAACCUCAGAGUCGACAUUAAUUAUGACCACGAUCUCCAUUUCAUGCCUGUCUCUGGGCACAAAGGGGAGCAGAAGAGACAAGAAGCAAAGAAAUAUUGGUUGAGUCUGGAAGCUGAAUUGAGGAUAGUAUAUCAACACAAUCUCCUGGUGUCUUGUUCAUGCUGUCAGGAAGCAUGUCCUUCCUCCCCAGUGGAGCCGCGAUAUUUCACCCCAAGGUUGCGUCAGAUGUUUCUGACGCUCAAGGAGCUACUCGCCAUCUUGGUCCCUGACCGGGAUCAAGAUCAGAUCGUCCAAUAUCUUGACAUCUCUUUGCUCCUGCAAGAAGUAUCUCAUGGCCUGCUGGACGUCGUUCGUCUAGCGCGCUGGCUGUGCGUGCUCCUCACGACUCACUGCGCUCCUAUGAGGGACGAUUCUGCCCAAGAGAUGGCUGAACAGAUACGGGAAGGUGCAGAGAGAGGAGACCUACACGCUCUUGUUACCGGGAUCGAGAAGCUUUUUGCAUUUCUGGAAGCCAUGAAGCUAGACGUUGCGAAUCAUCAGAUCCGAAGCUUCCGCUACCAUCUGAUUGACGACACCGUGGCAUUCCAACAGGAAUACUUCCGAUUACGCAUUGCCAACGAAAAGUUGAAUGUGAACCGAUCCCGGGAAUGGUACCUCGAUGCGAGUCAAAAACAUCAGCAGUGUCCGACGGCAGGCCAGACGCCUCGGACGAUAGCCCUUGGGGCAUUGGUGCACGGGUUAACUGAACUCUGCAUCUCCUCAGAUCGAGAUAUCCCGGAGACCCUGAAGCACGAUAGGUCUCGACUGAAGACAAUCCGUGAAGAGAUCCAGGACAUUGUCCAUCUCAAAAUAUCACUCUCGGUCUACGACACCCUUGUACAUCAGCAGCCUUGCGAGGCUCGCAGUAAGGACCCGACCUCUCGGAAGCUGACGCAAAACCGAAGGAAAGAGACACGCAGUCUUCUACACAACCGGCUGAUGGAUUUGACGGAGGGUAACAUGGGUCCUGACACAUUCAUUUCGGAGGUGUGGUUGCGACAUGCCACCCCCAUCGGUGUUGAGCUUACCCGUGCUGCCUUCUACGCCUGCCGACCGGCGUUGCCAAUUUCUGAAAAAGACGUUGCUGAGACCACGGCGUUGUUGAGGGAAAGAUUCGACACAGAGGAGCGUGAUCACGCCGUGGCCAGAGAAAUAGCCGGACUUCUUGAAAAGAAUGCACAUAAGCAUGCAAUUGAGUUUCAGAACAUGACAAGUCUGAAUAUAUCCCAAGCUCAGAAGCAAUGGCACCAGGUUCAGCAACAAAAACAACAAUGGCGAAACUUGCCCCAUAUUGAUGGCAUGGCCCGGAUGUUGGCCCACAUUGCGGUUCUCAACCUGCGGGUAUGGAAAAAUUUGGUUUAUUUGGCGCAGGAUGGAGAUAUAUUGGACGGCGGCAUUGACAGCAUUUCUGAGGCAUCGGAAAGUGACGACAUUCCUGUUGAUCUGUAACACAUGAGGGACACUCCUGAAGAUACCCCUUUUGCUUGCGAUGGAAAAAGGGCGUUAUCACAGGAUAGAACUUUGGGUGGGGAGCUUUGUACAUUACCAACUUUUAUUCGGGGUCAGGGUAGCAUCAUCUCAUAAUACUGUAAUAUGUCUGUUUCUUG